AUGGAGGGGUUCAAAACACCAAACAGGUGUACAAAAGAUGAAGACGUGUGUGGAGGGGGUGACGCGAGCUCCGGAAAACGCGUGGUCCGCUCUGCGCUUGAGGUAUUGGCGGAAACGGCGUCUCCCGAAUUGCUCAGGCAGAGUAGGCCCGCGAUGCUUGAUGUUAUCCAUUCUCCGAAGUUCACUGUAACAAACACAGCUGCUCCACUCGGCCCUGCGAAACCGCUGCGGUCAGUGCCCUACCGCCCCACUGAACCACCACAGCAGCAACAGUGCUCCGUGUCAUUUAGAAAAAGCAAUGUGCCUGCGGAAGAGCCUAGCACAUUACUUUUCCUUUCCCCGUCAGCUGUUAAAGUAAAGAGUGACGUUAGUGUCAGGAGGAGCCUGUUUACGAGUAAUAGCAGGAAGAAAAUGCGCUGUCUUGAUUCCAGGAGUAGAGUCACAGUUUCGAAAGGCUCGCGGCAGCCCUCCACAAUUAUAAAUGGCGAACUCUCUUCUUCGGAGGGGGACAUUGAUGAUGAGGAUGAUGAUAAGGAGGAGGAGGCUCUGAGUGCUCACGCGCCAGUUUGUGGUGCUGGUGAGAAGGUGUCAAUGAAACAGCGGCUCUUCUCGGAGGCAGAGGUGCAGCAACGCAUAGUGGAGGCGCUAAAGUCUUAUGAAAGAACGCGCAAUGCGGAGGAGGAGGCGAUGUUACAGGAGGUGGGUUGUGAGAUCAAGGCCCAAAGUGAGCGUUACGAGAAACUGUUGAGGGAAACUACUGCGGUGACUGCCGAGCGCGACACCCUUCAGAAGAAAAUGGAAUAUCUGCUGCGGCAGCGCGAUGCGGAGAGUUUUAAAGAAUCUCGUGAGGAUACCGCAGAGUCACGGGAGCAGCCCGAUUUGGCUGAAUUAAGUGACUUGCGAGAUGCUGUGGAGCAGGUGGAGAGUGAGAAGGCGAAGUUGAUAAUGCAGCUGGAGGCGUGCAAAAAGGAACAGUUAGUAUGGCGGCAGCGUUGUAUCGAAGUAGAAUCUGCAAGGGAAAAGCCUGUGGAAGCGACCCAGGUACAUGGCGGAAUGAAGGCUCAACCGCAGGAGAAAUUGCGGGAUGGAAGGGAGGUACCUGCUUGCCCUGCAGAUUUUACCCAAACCAAACGUUUUGAGUUUGAGUCGCGCAUUCAGUCGCUGGAGGAUGCUCUCCAGAAGCAGUGUGACGAAGUUCGUCGUAGAAUGCAUCGCGUUUAUAUGCUGGAGGGGGAACAGGCGAAGUCUGAGCGAAUAACCAAAUCACUGCGCCACGCCGUGCGCGAGGCGAGCGACAGCUUUGAACGGAUACGUCGUGAGUUGGAACUGUGUUUGCAAGCCUAUGGCACUGCGUCCUCUAAUGUACGGGCAAAGGAAGAAACAGGCGACGGCGUCGGGCAUGAAUGCUCGUCUCUUCACAACUUACGUGGUGAGCUGUUCCCAGCAGGGCUGAGGGAUGAGUUGGGGUUGCUAUUCGUAGGCAGUGGUGCCAACACCGCUGCGGGAGGGGAUCCAUGUGGAAAUAAUACAGUUGGUGGGAGCAAAGGAAGCACCAUCCCGAGACCUAGCGUUCGCGGGGAGUUUUUUGAUAGUGCGCCUGGCGACAGGUUGCUGCUUGAAUCUCUGGGAGCUGGAAGGGAAGUAACGAGCAUAAUGAACCGACAGAAGGAUCGUCAAACACCCGAAGAAGAAGGUGCCAUAUGCAAGCGGCUUCAGCAGCGCCGACAGAGGUGUGAGAGGCUGGUAGAGGCUCUGCGGAGGCUUUUCUUACAGAAACAGAAGGAGCAGCGGCAUCAACUACGGCGGUUCGAGGCACAGCUGGCGCAGAGCGCUGAAUUGGAUGUAUCGCGGUAUCGUGACGCGUUGGCUCUCCGUGAAGCGGAGCUGGAAAAGGCAAAUAAGCAACAACAACGAUUUGCUGACGAAUAUGCGAAGCGUGAGCUUGAAAUCGAGCGUUUAAGGCGGGAAGUGGAGGAGCUGCGCUCUUCACAACGCGGGGAGGCGGUGCAGCAGAAAGGUCUUUUAGAGGAGGUUGAAAGGCUUCGUCGUGAGCGUGACGCUCUGCAAAUGCAACUUGAUUUGAUUACGAAAGAGUGUGCCGAGGUGCACAGGCGAAAGGAGGCCAGCGGGAGGGAGUUUCAUGAACUUCAGGAGCGGCUCACCGCAGUGUUGGGGGCCCAACAUCGUCAGGAAGAAGAAAACGAACAGGAGAGUAAGAAGCAAUUGGCCAGAUUGGCGCAGUACACUAAGAAGUUGAAACUAGCCGAAGAAGAGUGUCAAAACCUACGAAGUGAAAAUAGCGCGAUGACAUCCAAAAUAAAAGUCGUGCAGCAGCAACUACAGAGCCUCAGAGCGUGUCGGCAACGGGAAGGGAGUGUCACGCAGGUGACACAUCAACAACAGCUCAAGAAAUUAACAUCCCUGGCAGAGGAGUUGCGUCAGAUACAGAAAUCUGAUGCUGCACAGCACGCCAGGGAGCGUGCAGAGGCUGAGGCAUCCAUUCAAAGGAUCAGUAGUCAAAACAAACAGUUGCAGAAAGAGAUUGAGCAGCUAAGACGCUCACUUUCGGAAGCCCGAAGCGAGGCUGAACAGCAGAGGUGGACAGAAAGAACAGUGCUUGAAACCCUCUUUAACAUCAAUCGGGGGAUAAGUGAUGAGACUAUGCAGGAUUCGGACAAAAACUGCGACAGUUUAGUGGUGCAGAGGCGGAAAACUUUUGCUCCGGUGCCUGAGUUGGGGAGCAAUUGCAACGCAACCUCCUCAGGCAGCGAUAUAGAUACUAACAAACUCCGCCGAAUGGUGGUAUCGAUGUCACAACGAACCGUGCUUGAACUUACAAGAAUGAGAGAAGCCGUUUCAGUGGGGUCACAUGCUGGCACCAUUGCGUACUCUUCGUUAGUUGCGGCCACCACCGACUGUGAGUUGGACAAAUUUCGUGUUGCCGAGCAACUUGCAUGGGAGGCAGCAGAACAUUCCGCUACGCGAAGGCGGCCCCAUCAGGGUUCUGACGACUGUAGCACCUCUGCAAGGGCCAGAAGACGCGCACACUCUUUUUGCACACCGAGCCGGAGGUCCUCACGCCAUGGAUCCCCUUCGCCAGAGUUUGUUGUUGGGGGUGUAAACAUUGCCAGGCUCAAUCUGCGUUCCCCACCCGUAUUUACUGACAGCGGCUACCUGAAGGAAAAUACAGGAAACAAGAAGCGAAGCCCGGACACGUUGUCUAACUCCCCGCUUUCUACAAGCGGUGUGUCACGCUCCCGCUCUGGAAACCCAGUCCUCGAUGGCAGUGCCUCUCCAGCGGCACCACCGAGGCUCCGUUUAACUCGGGGGCAUUAG